CUAUAUUGACCUAUCAACAAAACAAUCAGGGUAUUUGAAAAAGGCCUAUUUAAAUCUGUACAGUCAUUCUUCCAUUUUUAAUGACAGUUCAUAAGAUUAACACUGUAAACAAAAUAUGGAUUUUUUAAGUUUUGCGAUAUUUAUUAUUUGUUUUAUAGGGUCCGUUUCUUGUGGAGAAUAUUGUUACGACAAUGGUCGGACGUUUUACUGUGACUAUGGUUGUUGCGGUGACUAUGGUGAUGAAUACUGCUGUGGGGUUUACUCCUGGAUAAUUGUGGUUGCUGUAAUUGGCGGGAUUGGUCUUAUCAGCUUCGUUGUUAUUGUAUACUGUGUGUGGAAAAAACAGAAUGCGAAAAAAGGACGAGUGAUUAAUACAACACCACAAACUCAAACCACAACUUUUAUACACGUACCACCUCAAACACAGCCACCUGCAUAUCAACAACAACCUCCGGCCUACAAUAAUCAACUCUAUUCCCAGAAUCAACCACAGGCAAUGUACCCUCCGCCACCUCCCGCCAAUUACGGAGCAGACCCGGCAUACCCCCCAGUCGGCAACUGAACCUGAUGAUAGACAGUUUAACUUUCGCUGGAUGAAAAAAACAAACAAACAUAAAACACAAACUAGUGUAUACAAACAAAACUUUCGCUGGAAGAAAGACAUUUAUCGAAACGGUCAAUAGGCCAUUAACAGUUAAAAACUGAAGUUUAUUUUACUAUGUUUGGUCGCGAUUACAGACACGUGGAGUGUGGCGUUUUAAAUGCGUUAAAUUUCAAACCCUUGUCUGUGGUCAUCAUUUAUAUACAUUUUUAAAAAUCUUGUGUUUUUCCCCAAGUUUGAACAUAUAACUAUAUACUUGCUAAAACCAUGUUUCAAUAUAUCAUUUAUGUUUUACAAAAAUAAAUUCUAUGUGAAAAUAUGAAGAA